AUGUCUAGAAGCACCAUCUUAACAUUAUCCAUCGUGUUUUUUGUGUUGUUCAUCUCAAAUUUCGUGGCCAACGGAAUUCCAGGAGGGAGGAAGAAGGUAGAAAACGUGAAGACGAACAAAGAGGUUCAGGAACUCGGGAGGUAUUCAGUGGAGGAGUACAAUCGGUCGGAAGGAAGCCGGAAAGGUGGCGUCGGAUCUCUGAAGUUUUCACAGGUGGUGGAGGCGGAGACGCAGGUAGUUUCAGGGAUCAAGUACUACUUGAAAAUCGUAGCCUUCUCCAAGUCUGGUGUUUCGAAGGUGUUCGAUGCGGAGGUGGUGGUUAAAGCGUGGAUGCAUUCGAAGGAGUUGCUCAAUUUCAAACCGUCUCCGGCGAACAAGUAA